AUGAAGAUGUCUUGGGAAAUCAUCCAGAGCACGGAAGCUCAGACCAGUUCGUUUGCCAGAUGCACCGAGCAGCUUGCCAGCAUGAUGCAGCAUCUCACCGGGUCAGCGCAGCCGCGGCCCGAAAAGGCGGAUUUCCUGGAAGCUCUACGCACCAUGGCGGAGCAUUCGCAGAAAGCCAAGGAUUUUGCCAAGAAAGUCUAUGAAGACUACCGGGCCAAGAACUGCAGUGCCGCUGAAGCCUACAGGCGUUUUGAGGACUUCAAUACCUCCACCCCAGCAGGAAAGGAGGGGCUGGAGGACAUGAGCCCGGUGGAGUUGCAGCUCUGCUACGACGAGUACCGGGAGGAUGCGGAGGUGCAACACUGGUGGACCAAGGCUGGGGUGGAGAACAGUCUCAUGAUGGCCGCCUCGGUUCAGUCGUUGAUGAAGUCUGGUGGUGCUACAGCUUCCUCUCCGCCGGAGGACAAGACCGACAAAAAGGGCAAAAAAAUCAAACCAUCAGAGAUCGUAGAGAUGCAGGAGCUGAUGGUGGAUGAGAUGAAACGCCUUUGUGAAGCAUGUCGAGAGGCCGCCAAGGCCUCGUCCAAAGCUUGGAAGGCAGACAUAGCCAUGCAGAUGGUCCAAGCCUUGGCCUCUGCAUCCGUCGAGAGAAGGUACGGCUGCUCUCCAGAGGAGAUGACUAUGGCUGGUCUCCAGAAUGCGCCAACUCUUCAAAAGAACGAACGAUUCGUUCGUGCUACGGAGAAGCAACAGGAGAUCAUUAUGACUGUGGCAACCUUUUGCCCUGAAAGCAAUUGUGCCUUGAACCUGGUGCACCUGGUCGCCUACAAGCUACGAAGUGCUUCAAAUGUGGGCCUUGUGGUUGCGAUCCGUCCUUUCAGCGUGCCUUGGACGGAUUUAUGGCACAAGUACAACCUGCACAUCCUAAGCGCCUCGGAGUAUGAGGAGUGCCACCGCUUCAAAGAUUUUUUCUUCAGAAAGCACUGCACUGUUUCGAAGUUCCUGGAGAGCCAACCAGCCUCCUACACCGCGGCCAUCUUUGAUGGUGAUGUCGUAGUGGCUGCACCAAUGCGCUCACUGGAGAAGUGGAUCAACCACAGCGCAGAUGUUCAACUCUACAACCGCUGUCUAUUCCAUGAGAUCAUGGCUGGUAACUAUAUGGUUCGCAACACCCCUUUCGCACGCGACUUUUUGAUGCGAUGGGCGGAAUACUACGACCGGAGACCAUCUGGAUUCUCCUCAGCUGACAAUGGCGCUAUCCAACUGGUAGUGAUGGAAACGGUCCAAGUUGAAGGAUUCCGAACCUGCUACGACAUGUAUCGAAAUCUCACCGACAAAGUGACCAAUUUGGACCAUUACUGGAACUAUGUCCAUUGCACCAAAGAGGCCAUUGGCCCGGCGCGUGCAUGGAACAUGGAGACGGGUUCCCUCACCCUGUGGCCGCGCUUGGAGUUCUAUGUGGCGGAUGGUGUCUUUUUGAAUAGGUGGGCCAAUGAUGAGGUUGGUCCUAUCAUGCACCAUGGCGUGAAAGAUCCCAAGGAUGUGACAUCCUUCUAUUACAAGGACCUAGACCAGUGCCAGUUGAACGAGUCCGCCGUUCUGCGCACUGCGAAGCAACUGGGAGAAACCGCGCUCCACCUGGCGCAGAGCUAUCCGGAGUACUUUCCCAAAGGUCAUGGCUGCAAACAAUGCGCGGAGGAUUGCAUGAAGACCUUCUCAUGCGCUCCUCUACAGGACGCAUCAAGUGGUUUUCAGCUUGAUCCGACAUUUUUUGAGCCGCUAGUAACCAUGCCAUGA